UAAAACUAGUCAAAGUAAAUGAGAGAUUCUCUGUCAGCGAACACCGAUAAGGGAGAUGACUCUUAUGAUUACCGCAACUACCACAAAUGUUUUGACCCAUGUCAAAUGUUGCAGCUAAUUAACUGUUUUGACAGGAUUAUUUCAAACUGACCCAUGGGACAGAUCUUAGGAAUAAAGGUUCUGAUCUGAAUCUGUGAAAAAAAAAGCUGUCCAUCAAAUAGGAAACUUCCACUCAACUAUACACUUAAAUUGUGACAAGAAUAUGCUGGGUGAAUAACAUGGCUGAAGACCGAGAGAUUCUUCGUGAAGUCUGGGAAGGACGAAUCCCAGUGUCUUUUAGUUUGUCUCCCGAUGAGAUUGUCAACGAGCAACCCGAUCCAUUUUUUUAUUAUUUACUUGUACCUCGAUUAAGUUAUUUUCCUUUGGUGACAGACAAAGUACAAAAAUACUUCCAAAAGUUCCUUGAUGCUGAGAUACAAGGUGAAUUCUGGUUAGAAUUUGAAGGUCAACCAUUAAAAUGGCAUUACCCUGUAGGAGUUCUCUUUGACCUUUAUGGUUCUGAGGAAAAUCUACCCUGGAAACUUACUGUCCACUUUCAGAACUUUCCAAAAGAUGAGCUGCUACAUUGUCCUAACAAAGACGCAGUAGAAGCCCACUUCAUGUCUAUGGUAAAGGAAGCCGAUGCUUUAAAACAUCGUAGUCAAGUUAUUAAUGGCAUGCAGAAGAAAGACCAUAAACAGUUGUGGCUGGGUCUCUUAAAUGACAAAUUUGACCAGUUCUGGUCUGUAAAUCGAAAACUCAUGGAAUCUGGUGAAGAGAAAUUCAAAUACAUUCCGUACAAGAUAUAUUUGUCAGAUGGUUCAUUUUCCCAGCAGUUAUUCAAACCUAUUGAUGAAAAUGGCACUGUACAUUUGCUGUCUGAUUUGAUGCAACAGGCUUUACCUGACUUCAAUGGAGAUGAAACCAAACUGAAGCCACAGGUGUUUAUUCAAGGCAUUGAAGUACCAUGGGAGACUCCAAUUUUAUGGCUGUGUGAACAUUUAAGCUAUCCUGAUAAUUUCCUACAUAUCUGUGUCCACCAGUGAUCAGUUGACAAGACACCUCAUUAUAAGACAAAACCAUCCAUCUAACAGUUCACUGUUAUUGAAAAAUUAGAUGAAAACUGAUUCUUGCUUAUUCUCUAUUUGGAUUUUGCUUGCUGAGAAUGUAACUGACUCUUCUGAUAAAUACAAUAUAUAUUAAUUUAUAAUUAAACUGAAAUGAACUAGAUAAAUUAAAAAAGAAUACUUAUAUAUAUAUUUUAAUGCUUAUGGUAUACAUCAAAAGUAACUUUUAAUUUAUGCUGGAGAUAAGCAAUGAAAACUGAUAUAAAAUCUUACAGUCUAUUGUCAAUAUAUUUUUUUGAAUCUUGUUAAACUUCAAUAAUAACCUCCAAAGACAGAAUGUUCAUGUUCUCAUAUUUGUGUCAUUUGCUGUAGUAAAGUGAUCCUGGGAGGUUUAUCAAGACCUCAUCUCUAGAAAGGUUUGUUUCCAAACUACAAGGUGCUAAUGAUUCCAUCCUUGUUGUUCGAACUCACCUCUCUAUAAAUAUCAUUUUCUGAAGUUUCACAAGUAAAUUGAGGAAAUAUAUUUUGCAUGAAAAAUACCGGGACAUUUGCUUGAUCCUUGAUUGCUUGGAGCAAAUAUUUUGUUUUAUUUAUUGCUAUGACUGCUGCCUAUCUAGACACAAUACUGGCAUCAAUUACAAAAUAAAGACAUAUCAAGACCACUGCAGUUUGCAAUUAAAACUCAAUUGAAAAAUAGAUUGAAAGUUAUCUUCUCCCAUCCUACAAGAAAAGUAAUUUAGGAAUAACUAAAAAGUAUAGAGGAAUUACUCUUAUAGCAAUAACACCAAAAAUUUGCAACAAAUUGUUUCUGGACCAUAUACAACCAGGAUUCGGGAAAAGUCUUAUGAAGAAACCAAAGUAGGGUCAAGAAAAAUUGGUCUACUUUUGGACAGAUCUUAACUAUUUGAGGGAGAUGGGAUUAAAAAUCUACAGGUGGUCUUACUAUUUGUAGACUUUUUAAAACCUUUCACCUGUAUCCACCAAGUUAAAAUGGAAAAAAUUCUUCUUACAUGCUGUAUGUCUCAACAAGUUGUAGCAGUUGUGAUGAUGCUCUACAAGAACAUAAUUAAGUAUUAUUGCCUAUGGAGACAAGAAUUUAUUCAACAUAAAUGCAUUACCUUGCAAGGUAUCCUGUUGGCAACAUUCCUAUUUACUAUCUACUUGGACUAAGUCCUUUGCACUUCAAAUAACAAAAUUAAAGAAACCAGUUUCGCUCUUAGAAAAUUCACCUCUCUUUAUCAUCUAUCCAUAACAAUAACACACUCAGAUUAUAGUGAUGAUAUCACUCUCUUUGCAGACUUCAUCUCAGAAGCUACCCAACUUCCACAUAAUCUUUUAAAAGCAGCAGAAUAUAUUGAUUUAUAUAUCAAUGCUUUGAAGAUUGAAUACAUCUGCUAUAAUUAGGAAUCCACAAUAAACACAAAAAAAUUCUAUAAAAUCUAGAUUUUUUUUCAUACAUUUUGGAAGCAACUUGGCAUCAUCAGAAAAAGAUAAAACUUGUUUCAUGAAGCAUGGGCUGUUCUUUUGAUGAUCUAUGUCAUCUGAAAGUUGUUGCUUUCUGGUGGUCUUAAGAGAAGCUUCUAUGUCAAAGUGGAAUCUGUUAUUUUACAAGCCCACUGCUUGAACACUCCCCAAACACCUGAAAGCAAGGCUUGAUGGCAUCUAUACCCAAAUCAAGUUACCAGCCAUUCUGAAUGUCUCCUGGAACAAAAUCUGACUAAACAAAGACUCUCUUUCUCUCUCAUGCACACAUAUAUGCUUAUAGACAAAAUCUUGAAGUUCCAAUCAACUAGAUCCUCACUAUAAAUUUGACUCUGCUCUCAGCAGAAAGCCAUCCCAUCAAUAAAUGUUCUGUUAUGAUUCUUAAACUCUAAAAUAAAAACUGUAUUUUAACAUAAAUACAACAGGCAUACAAACAGUUUCUGUCUACCAAUUCCACUCACAAGGCAGUGAUCGCCCAAGACGCCACACAGUGGGACUGAACCCAUUACUUGCUCCUAUGAUGGUUUUUCUAUGUCAGCAUAAGUCUUUAGUAUAGCCUAUCACCAUACAACCUAAUUCUGAAUCAUAUUAGUGUGUGAGCUAAUAUGAAAUUUGACUUUCAGACUUCUCAUGUUUUGUUUGGCCUUUAUUAUGAGUACAUCUUCCACAAUCAGAACACGAUGCCUUUUCACAGAAUACUCAUUGUCAGUUCACAUCACAUUCCCAUAACAGCUCAGUUGUUUCUCUGAUAUACAUUAGUUGAUACCUUUAAUGUCCAGUCACAAUCUUCACUUCAUUUAUAUUCCUGUAAAUAAUAAAAUUGCAAGUAAAGUUAGAGAAGAGGAAAAAAGACUUGCUCAAUAAUACAAUGGCAUGUGGAAACCAGUUAUUCCUCAACGAAUUACAAAUUGUACAAAUAGCGAAUGGUAAUUAUUAUCUAUGUAAAUUCUUCACAGCAAAUGAGCUGCUCUGAAAAUAAGUUCACUUUGUUAAGUUGUACCACUUUCUCAAAGGCUUCAGUAAACACAUUUUAUUAAUUUCA